AUGAAGCUGAGGAGGGAAGAAUCAGCUGGUGAGCUUGGUAAGUAUGAGAGAGUCUAGAGGAACGUGGAUUGGUUCAGGGAACAGGAUCUCAUUCAGUUUUCCAGACUAAUGAAUUUGUUAAUGUAUAGAAUAAUCAAUAAAUCUGAUAAUGAUUGGUUAAUCCAAUAUGACUGUUGACUGUAAGAGACUGACAAAUAAUUGUUAGUUUUUUGUAAUGAAUGAAUGAAUGAAUGAAUGAUGUUCAGCAAAUUACCAGUUCAGUCAGUCAACAAUAAAUGUAUCAAAGAUUCUCAUUCUCCCUCAGAAAUGAAGUUGGAAAAAGAAGCAUUCAGACAUCCAGCAGUAAAAAAGAAGCUAGAAGACAAAGAAAAACAACUAGAGGAGAUGAGGAAGACAUUGAGGGAAUCUGAAGAGAUGCUAAAAGACAAGGACUCAACACUGGAGGAGAGGAAUAAAGAACUGAAGGACACAGAGAGCAGACUGGAGAAAACCACAAAGCAACUGAAUGAGAACAUCAAACACCUCCAGGAGAAAGAUACACAACUGGAUGAUAUGACCCAGCAAGUGAGAGAGAAAGAGAGACUACUGGAGGACACUGCCGAGGUGGAGAAGAGUAAGAGACAACUGGAGGCACUGGGGAAGGACCUGCAGGACAAGAACAGCCAAGUAGAGAACUUCAGAGACAUACUGCAGGAAAAAGACCUUCAACUAGAGGACAGGAACCACAAACUGGGAGAGAAGGACAAACUACCCAGAAGAGAGAGACAAACUACUAGAGGAAAAAGAAAAUGAACUUAAAGAGAGGAGGCAUGAACUAGAAGAGAAAGAAACUACUAGAGGAGAGAGAGAAGCAAUUAAAGGAAAGAGACAAACAAGUGGAGGAUGUCAACAAUGAAAAUGCUAAACUGGGUAAGAUUAUUACCAUUCCAUCAUCAUAUUUAUUGUACUUUCUUCUAAGCUAACAUGUGGAAUUGUUUUAAGAUGGUCAUACCAUGGAUCAUUUAGCUAUUUGAUUUGGAAUUUUAGGACCCCUUUAAGUAUAAAAAAUAUAUAUUUAAAAAUGAUUUGGUUGUGACACAGCCUGGGAUCGAACCCAUGUCUGUAGUGACGCCUCACUGCGAUGCGAUGCAGUGCUUUAGACCGCUGCGCCACUCGGGAUGCGUCAAUAGACUCUUUUAAAGCCAAUUAUCUCAGAAUCAUAUUUUUGCAGAUAGCACCUUAUAUUCCCAAGCUCUCUAAAUGUUCCCAUUCUAAAUGGAUGUUAUUUGUUGUUUUAGAACACGGAAAGACCUCAGAUACAGGUUCCAUACUCCCAGUCAGGAGGAGACAGAGCAUGGAUUAUCCUCCAGACAGUGAGUUAUCAAUAUUGUCCUGUUUUCUCCUGUUUUUUCUAGUCUAUGAAUGUUGCCUCAAACUGUUAUCUACAGUGCCUUGCAAAAGUAUUCAUCCCCCUUGGCAUUUGUCCUAUUUUGUUGCAUUACAACCUGUAAUUUAAAUGCAUUUUGUAAUGGAGAUACACAAAAUAGUCCAAACUGGUGAAGUGAAAUGAAAAAAAUAACUAGUUAAAAAAAAUUCUAACAAAUAAAUGACGGAAAAGCGGUGCGUGCAUAUGUAUUUGCUAUGAAGCCCCUAAAUAAGAUCUGGUGCAACCAAUUACCUUUCAAAAGUCACAUAAUUUGUAAAAUAAAGUCCACAUGUGUGCAAUCUAAGUGUCACAUGAAGAAGCUGCAAAGCUCCACAGCGGAGAUGUCCAUAGAACCACUUUAAGCCGUACACUCCACAGAGCUCGGCUUUACGGAAGAGUGGCAAAAAAAAGCCAUUGCUUAAAGAAAACAAUAAGCAAACAUGUUUGGUGUUUGCCAAAAGGCAUGUGGGAGACUCCCCAAACAUAUGGAAAAAGGUACUCUGGUCAGAUGAGACAAAAAUUUAGCUUUUUGUCCAUCAAGGAAAAUGCUGUCUGGCGCAAACCAACACCUCUCAUCACCCCGAGAACACCAUCCCCACAGUGAAGCAUGGUGGUGGCAGCAUCAUGCUGUGAGUUGAUGUUUUUCAUCGGCAGGGACUGGGAAACUGGUCAGAAUUGAAGGAAUGAUGGAUGGCGCUAAAUACAGUGAAUUCUUGAGGGAAACCUGUUUCAGUCUUCCAGAGAUUUGAGACCGAGACGGAGGUUCACCUUCCAGCAGGACAAUGACCUUAAGCAUACUGCUAAAGCAACACUCAAGUGUUUUAGGGGGAAACAUUUAAAUGUCUUGGAAUGGCCUAGUCAAAGCCCAGACCUCAAUCCAAUUGGGAAUCUGUGGUAUGACUUAAAGAUUGCUGUCCACCAGCAGAACCCAUCCAACUUGAAGGAGCUGGAGCAGUUUUGCCUUGAAGAAUGGCAAAAAUCCCAGUGGCUAGAUGUGCCAAGCUUAUAGAGACACACACCAAGAGACUUGUAGCUGUAAUUGCUGCAAAAGGUGGCUCUACAAACUAUUGACUUUGGGUGGGUUUCUCCUCCCACUGAAACACAACAUAGAGAACUGGUCAACAUACUGACUCUUCAGAGACACAUUUAAAAACAUAGUAAAUGACCUUUGCUGAAUUCCAAAUACAAUACACAUCAUAGUGAAAUAUAGAUUGUUGAAGAAAAUAGUAAAUAUCAAGAUACAGUGGCUUGCGAAAGUAUUCACCCCCCUAGUUAUGCACGCUCAAGUUUUCUGUUUUUUUUUGUCUUAUUUCUGGUUUGUUUCACAAUAAAAAAUAUUUUGCAUCUUCAAAGUGGUAGGCAUGUUGUGUAAAUCAAAUGAUACAAACCCCACCAAAAAUCAAUUUUAAUUCCAGGUUGUAAGGCAACAAAAUAGGAAAAAUGCCAAGGGGGGUGAAUACUUUCGCAAGCCACUGUAUCUUGAUAUUUACUAUUUUCUUCAACAAUCUAUAUUUCACUAUGAUGUGUAUUGUAUUUGGAAUUCAGCAAAGGUCAUUUACUAUGUUUUUAAAUGUGUCUCUGAUGAGUCAGUAUGUUGACCAGUUCUCUAUGUUGUGUUUCAGUGGGAGGAGAGACCUCAGGUACAGACCACACACUUCCACUGAGGAGGACAAACAGCAUGAAUGAAACCCUAAAUAUAACGUUUUCACUGUUGUUUUAUAAUGUUUCUAAAUGGUCCAACCUCCAGAAAGUGUGUUGAGCAGCGUUGUGUGUUGUGUUGCAGUGGGAAGAGAGAGCAGCUGUCACGAUCGUCGUUACAGGAAGCGGACCAAGGCGCAGCGUGUGAAAGAAACAUGACUUUCUUUAAUUAAAGUUUCUAAAUACAAACAAAACACGACUCGUGAAGUCCAACGGUUAACAAUACCGACACGGAACAAAAACCCACAACACCCAAGGGAAAACAUACAGAUUAAAUAUGGCUCCCAAUCAGAGACAACCAGCCGACAGCUGACACUCGUUGCCUCUGAUUGGGAGUCACACAGGCAAACAUAGCAACAGACAACCUAGAACACCCAAACAAAGAAACAGAACACAUAGAAUAAACACACCCUGGCUCAACAAAUAGAGUCCCAGAGCCAGGGUGUGACAGUACCCCCCCCUAAAGGCGCGGACUGCGACCGCGUCUUAACAAAACCCCAAACAGGGGAGGGCUGGGUGGGCAUUCCUCCUCGGAGGCGGCUCCGGCUCCGGCCUUGACCACCACCCUUGCAUAAUUCCCCCGUAGCGCCCCUGGUCCGGUCUGACCCCGCUGGCUGGAUCUGGACUGGACAUUGACGGAGCGGAUUGCUUACGCUCCGUUGUGGAGCAGCUGACCGGUCUUACCAGGCUGACGACUCGCACCCCGGGCUUGGUGCGAGUAGCAGGAACGGGCUGAACCAGGCUGACGACUCGCACCCCUGGCUUGGUGCGAGUGGCAGGAACGGGCUGGACCAGGCUGACGACGCACACCGUAGGCUUGGUGCGUGGCGCAGGGACAGGCCGGACAGGGCUGGCGACGCACACCGUAGGCUUGGUGCGUGGAGCAGGGACAGGCCGGGCAGGGCUGUCGACGCACACCGUAGGCUUGGUGCGUGGAGCAGGAACAGGCCGGGCUGGGCUGACGACGCACCCCGUAGGCUUGGUGCGUGGAGCGGGAACAGGCCGGGCAGGGCUGGCGACGCACACCGUAGGUUUGGUGCGUGGAGCAGGAACAGGCCGGGCAGGGCCGUCGACGCACACCGUAGGCUUGGUGCGUGGAGCAGGGACAGGCCGGGCUGGGCCGUCGACGCACACCGUAGGCUUGGUGCGUGGAGCAGGGACAGGCCGGGCUGGGCUGGCGACGCACACCGUAGGCUUGGUGCGUGGAGCAGGAACAGGCCGGGCAGGGCUGUCGACGCACACCGUAGGCUUGGUGCGUGGAGCAGGGACAGGCCGGGCUGGGCUGGCGACGCACACCGUAGGUUUGGUGCGUGGAGCAGGAACAGGCCGGACAGGGCUGGCGACGCACACCGUAGGCUUGGUGCGUGGAGCAGGGACAGGCCGGACUGGGCUAUGGAGACGGAUAGGAGACCUGGAGUGAAGAGCUGCCACAACCCGUCCUGGCUGAAUGCCUACCUUCACCCACUCUGUGUGAGGCAUCAGCACAGGACGUACAGGGCUGUGUACCCGUACUGGCAUAACAGCACGUGACACUGGAGCAGGAUAUCCGGGACCGCGGAGAGGCAUUGGAGACCACGAGCGUUGAGCCGGCAUACUCCGUCCUGGCUGCAUACCCACCUUCGCACGACACGUGCGGGGUGCUCGCACAGGACUAUGCCGGACCACUCGUGGCACCGUACGCCGCUCCGCAUACCGCGGAACCUGCCCCGUCCCAUGCUGCCAUGCCUGAGCACGGGAAGUUGGUUCCGCUCUCCAUCCAGGCUCCGCCAACCUGCCUUCUGGCCCCCCAAACCUGGUGGCCUCCUCUCCAAAUCGCCUAUUUCGCCCUGUGGCAGCCUCCUGCUGCCCAGUCGCCCAUGCCGUGUGCCCCCCCCUAAAAAAUUAUUGGGGGUGCCUCUCGUCUGUCCGACGAUGGCACUGCUGAUGCCGCUGCUCCUCUCCUGCCUGGGUCUCCCCCUUCAUAGCCCUCCGGUACCGGACGGCCUCCUCCUCGGUAAUCUGCCCCCAACCGAGGAGGACAUCCACCAGAGUCACCUCCUGCGUGUGUUCCUGGACACGCUGCUUGGUCGUUGUAUGGUGAGUUUUUCUGUCACGAUCGUCGUUACAGGAAGCGGACCAAGGCGCAGCGUGUGAAAGAAACAUGACUUUCUUUAAUUAAAGUUUCUAAAUACAAACAAAACACGACUCGUGAAGUCCAACGGUUAACAAUACCGACACGGAACAAAAACCCACAACACCCAAGGGAAAACAUACAGAUUAAAUAUGGCUCCCAAUCAGAGACAACCAGCCGACAGCUGACACUCGUUGCCUCUGAUUGGGAGUCACACAGGCAAACAUAGCAACAGACAACCUAGAACACCCAAACAAAGAAACAGAACACAUAGAAUAAACACACCCUGGCUCAACAAAUAGAGUCCCAGAGCCAGGGUGUGACAGCAGCAGUCCAGACUCCCCAGUGUCUCCAAGUGUGUCUGAGCUGAGACUGGUGCUGCUGGGGAGGACUGGGGCUGGGAGGAGUGCAGCAGGAAACACUAUCUUGGGCAGAGAGGAGUUUGGGGUCCAGGCCAGCCCCUCUGCAGUGACCCAGAAGAGUAAGAGGAGAGAGGGGGACGUGUCUGGGAGACGGUUGGUGCUGGUGGACACUCCAGACUGGUUCUGUCCUGGACUCUGUCUGGAGAAGAUUAGACAGGAUGUGGGGCUUUGUGUCCGUAUGUCUGCCCCGGGACCCCACACCUUCCUCCUGGUCAUAACAGUGGAGCCCUCUAAGGGGGAGGAGAGAGGGGUGCUGGAGAGAAUAGAGGAGAUGUUUGGGGAGGGUUGUUGGGAACACACUGUGAUUCUAUUCACCCAUGCUGAUGGCCUGAAAGAGCAGAGCAUUGAGGAGUUUCUCCAAGCAGGGAGUCAGGACCUCCAGCAGCUUGUAGAGAAAUGUGGGAGCAGGUACCACAUCCUCAACAUUAAGGACAGGGCCCAUGGCACUCAGGUCCCAGAGCUGCUGGAGCAGGUAGAGGAGAUGGUGGCAGGAAACAGAGAGAGAUUCUACAGCAGUCAGACCUACCAGGAGACAGAGACCCAGGUUAGAGAGAUGGAGGGAAAGAUCCAGAUGGAGAGACAGGAGAGGAAACAGAGGGAGGAGAGAAAGAUGAGAGUGAGGUUUGAGAAGGAGCUGCAGGACUCUCUGAAGAAGAUAGAGGGAGUGAUCUAGGAACAUGAAGGAGAUAUCAGAAUACUCAGAGAACGAAUAACUGAACUGGAGAGACAGAUGGAAGAAGAGAGGGAUGAGGAAAAGAAGAGAGAGCUGAAGAGAGAGCUGAAGAGAGAGUCUGAUAGGAGGAAGGGGAUUGAGAGAGAGCUAAAGAGAUUAAGAGAGGAGAAAGAGAAUGAGAGAAAGGAGAUGGAGGAGAGAUACAGACAGGAGAUUGAGGAUAUGAGGGGAAACUAUGAAGGAGAGGCCAGAGUUGAAGCAGAGAGAAACCUGAUGAAGAUGGUCCUACCUGAGUUACAGAGGAACAUCAUGAUCUCACAGACAAAGAUGCAGAGGGAGUUCAGCAGACAGCUGGAGGAGAAGAAUAGACAGAUGAAUGAGAAGGAUAUAGAGAUGAAGGAGAAUGAUAGACAGAUUAAGGAGAAGGAUAGACAGAUGAAGGAGUAG